UCAUGGUGACCUUCCAAUGUUGGUAAUAAUCGAAGCACAUGGUUCUGGACCGCAUGAAGGCCUUCGUUUGUGUGCGUGUGUUUAAGAUUCACGAAAUUGCUUGAUCAAUAUGAUUGAUAUUAACUAAUAAAGUCUCUGCUUGUGUUUCCUUUGCUUGUGAUGUAAGUCUUCUGAAACACAAGUGAUCAAUCGCUCGUGUACUUGUACUCUGUUAAUUAGCUUUCUGCCCACGCAACCGUAAACUUCCUAAGGUCGCAAAAGCUUCACCACCCAAACCUCCCUCCACCACCUUCGCUGUCGUUUUCAGCAUCUCCUCCGUCAAGGGACGAAGAAACGCAUACUUGCGACGGAAGACGCUUAUAGCUACAUUUAUUCCAGUAAUACUAUAUCCAGAAAUAUAGGAUUAUGGAGCUAGAAUUGGACCUGAGUGUGACGGGAGCCACUAGGAAUCUCGCGUUUGCCUCCACCGAGACGGAGGCCGUCUUCGUCCUCCUCGCUCACCUUCCAGCAGGAUUGGUGCGGGAGAAGAUCGAGGUGUCGGUGAAUGAAGAGGGAACGGAGAUUAGCAUCAGCGGAGGAGGGGACAAAUCCGCCGUUGAGACGGUGGUUGGAAGACGACUGCGGUUGAGGAAUGAGUUCGAGAUUAACCCGUUUCGGAAGGUGUUUCGCAUCCCGAAUGGCGUCGCGUUGGAUCAGAUCGAUGCUGGAUUUUACGAGGAAGGAGACAUUCUGGUGAUUUUGAUGCCCAAAUCUGUUAGAGGUAAUGCUGCUGGAAUCGCAAUCCGAGAAGUGCAAGGAGGAGAAGCUCCAAGGGAACAGAAGCUUGAAGGAGACGAAGUGAUUUCUAUGGACCGACCUCAUGGUCAUGCAGAAACAAACGAAGCGAGAGCCGCGAUUGAUGAUGCAAAACCACCAAAGGCGGAAGAAGAAGAAGAAACCAAACAAGGAAAAGAAGAGGAUCUAAUCAGAAGAGAAGGGGCCGAGGAGAAAUUGGACCAGAAUGGAGCAGAAAGCUCAGGAACGGACCGUAAUGGAGAUCGAGAACCAAAGCACAUGGAAGCAGAGAUCAAAACACCUAAAGAAAAAGACUUAGAAGAAGAAGAGCGAAGAAAGGUACCUGAUCAACCUCAAAAGCCCUCGAUCGAGAUGGAAGCACCAGAUCUGCAUGGAGAGCCCCCUCCUUCCGCAGCACCGGCACCAAUCAACGGAACGGGACAAGAAGAUACAAUCGAGAAGACGAGCGGUCCAGAUCGAGAAGAAGAUGAAGACGAAGUGCCCGACUCGCUUGAAGCGCCUGACGCGGAUCGAGAUCUCCACCAACCCAAGGGACAGCAGACGUAUCCAGAUCACCAAACGGAACAAGAAGACAAGGCGCAUGAACCGGAGCGACAAGAAGACAGAGCAGUACCUGAAUCGUUCGAAGCACCUCAAUCGGAAGGAGAUCUCCACCAACCCGAGGAACAGCAGACGGAUCCACAUCACCAAACUGAACAAGAAGACCAAGCGCAUGAAUUGGAGCAACAAGAGGACAGAGCAGUACCUGAACCGGAUGGAGAAGAUAUCCACCACCCCGAAGACAAGACAAAACCCGGCGAGAUUUCAGAUCAAAUUCCCCGUCGAUCCGGCGACAAAGCAGAGGAAGCAGCUGACGAAGUCCCGCAGACGGAUAAGCCGAUCGAAGCCCCAGACGCAGGCGAGGGAGAAGAGAGCUCGCCAGGUGAUACAGGAGAGAAAGAGAGAGAGAACGGAUCGAAGGGUAAGAGAAAGAGAAGGGAGAGGGCUAAAGAAGGAGGAGGAGCGCCGCCUCCUUCUCUGGCGGUCUUUGCUUUCAUGUUGUCGCUGGUGGCGCUUGCCGUCCAACUCGUGAGGAGUCGAAGGCGCCGUUAGGCUUCGCACCGGAUUGCAGUUAUGGUGUUGGUUUACAUUGUAGAAUGUGGUAUUGUUUCAAUUGUUUAUAUGGUUCC